CUCCCCUGGCGGGAAAAGAGCAUAGCUUGGCGUGCUUAUUCCCGGGGACUGCGGUGGUAGGAUUGCGCGUGCGUGAUUCGAAUACAUACGAAAGAAGAGUUGCAAGAUGUCAGUUCAGGAAGGAGAAGAACAGCUUGAGGGCAGUGAUCUAAGAGAUACACACAUGGCUGAAGACGCAAACAAACAAAAGGCACAACUUAUAACAACCACCAGAGAAUGUUUUAGUCCCAAGGAAGAAGAAAUUUUAUCCAUCACAGGAAGUCUUGCCCAGUGUAAAGAGGAGGAAGCAACUGUACCUUUAGUGGCUCCCUUGUAUCAGAAACCUGUUCCAGAAGGAUGGGAGAAGAUAAUAAAGCAAAGGCAGAGUGGAAAAACUGCAGGACGAUACGACAUUUAUUUUGUCAGUCCUCAAGGAACGAAGAUCAGAUCCAAACGUGCUCUUUUGGAUUUCUUUAAAAAGAACAAAGAGACGGUUCUUAAAUUGGACGAUUUUGAUUUUACAACCUUUGCUCAGAAGAGUACGCCAUCAAGAUCUAAAGGAUCUAGCACCACAACUGUGGGGUUGGAAGCAGGCAGCCAGAUUCUAGAUCUUGGACUAGAAAAUAGUGAAGGAAAGGAUACACCUUCUCUGCAAAGUAAAAUUUUGGAACUUCAAACCAAUGCUAGAGAGCUGCAAGACAUUUCCAUCUCUUCACAGGAUGGGCUUACUGUGGAUAACUCAAAGGAUGAUUGUUUCAAAGCCAAACAAAAUUGUACUGUUGGAAGUAGGAGUAAAAUUAAGAAAACUGGAAACCAUUCAGAACCAAGGACUUUGGGUAAUGACCAAAACAAAAGGCAGAGAAGACCAUCACAUAAAAAACAAGCGACUGAAACUGUUAAAAAAUCCAGACAACAGAAAGCAGGAUAUAUUUGUAAUAGUUAUACUGUCAGUGACCACAAAGUGUUUCAGAGAGGCUCAAGGAAAAGGAAAAUGUGCUUGAAGGAUGAACCACUGUUUUCUGAACCAAAAUUGGAGCCACAGCUCUUGGAGCACAGGUCAAGCACUAAAGAUUUAAAAUGUGAUGAGAGUCCCAACAGUGUAGUAGUUACUGUCGCUGUUGAUAAAAAACAUUCACAGUUGGAAAUCCAGAGAAAUUGGGUGCCUUCAGAGAGCCAAGACUUAAAGAUUGCUCCUAAUGUCAGUGGUACUGUUUCACAGACAUUUAAUGAGAAACGUUUUACAUCAGUGAAAGAGAACCGUGUUCGAAGAACCCAAGUGGAAAGAAGGAAAACCAGUCCAUAUUUUUCCAGUAAAUUCCUCAAAGAAGCUCCAAGCCCACCUAGAAGGAAGGCCUUUAGGAAAUGGACUCCACCUCGCUCUCCUUUUAAUCUGGUUCAAGAAACACUCUUUCAUGAUCCGUGGAAGCUUCUAAUAGCAACGAUAUUUCUGAACAAGACUUCGGGAAAGAUGGCCAUCCCUGUGUUAUGGGAAUUUUUGAAGAAAUACCCUUCACCUACGAUAGCAAGGACUGCUAACUGGAAGGAAAUGUCAGAGCUACUUAAACCUCUUGGCCUGUAUGAACUCAGAGCAAGAACCAUCAUCAAAUUUUCAGAUGAGUAUUUGGUCAAACAAUGGAGGUAUCCAAUUGAGUUGCACGGGAUUGGAAAAUAUGGAAAUGACUCUUACAGGAUCUUCUGUGUCAAUGAGUGGAAAGAGGUACAGCCAGAAGACCAUAAGCUGAAUGUGUAUCAUACCUGGCUUUGGGGAAACCAUGAGAAACUGAAUCUUAAUAAAUAGCUCGGUAUAGGUUCACAUGUCUCAUUUUUAAAAUAACUUGCUCUUUCUGCUGUCUCUCUUGCUUACUAUAAAUGUAAACAUUCAUUUUUUAUAUAGAUAUUUAUACACUUUAGAUACUCUAUUAAAUUUCAGUGUUGGUUAAUGUACAUAAUGUUUAAAUAUUGUAAUUAAAGUUGACUAAACUAUUUUAAUAUAA